AUUUUACACUUUUCUUCCCUUCUGUCUGUUAUGAUACCCAAAUUAUGGUUGCUGUCUGUCAUCAUUUUAAGUAUAGUACUUCUGCUCUUACUAUUCAGUUCGUACUUUGUACUCGACUCUAUACCCUUUGACGAUAACAUGUCAGAAAAGACAGCAACGACGCUCUCAAAAACUGAAGUGCAGGGCUCCGAUUCACAUAGUGAAUCCCCUUUGAAAACUUCUUUUUAUAUAUACCUCUUGACGUUAAUCAUUGGACUCGUCCUAGCAAGCUAUCGAGCUUAUUCGUCUUAUCAAAAUACUACCCGUGCAAACAAAAGCAAACGAAAAACAGGCAUACACAAUGUCCAUUAUUGGCUCAACUACGAAUGGAGGCUUUUUCAACUGUACACGAUCUCUCUAUUGCAACUAUUGCAGAUCAGCACGAUCAUUACGUUCAACUCUUAUUUAAUUCUUAGCAGCUCCACUGAGAACAAGAUGCGCGGAGUAUCCUCGGCCUCCGCUCAGCUUGCCAUAACUAAUAUUGCUUUCUCUGUGUUAUUGUCAGCCAGACAAUCUUUUCUCCAACGAUAUAUAUUCAGUGUGAAGGAAACGAUCGCCUGGCAUGCAUGGUUCGGAUGGAUCGCCUUUAUGGAAGCGUUAUACCAUGCUACAUUUCACUUACAGCCUCAUCCUAAUGCGGUACUCACUCCGACGACUACAUCCUCUUCUUCAGACUUUCCAUUUUCAUCAUCCUUUUUAUCUAUAUACUUCAGUGUGCGCUCAAUUACAGGUUUGAUCCUAUUGUCCUCUCUCAGCCUACUCAUGAUUGGAUCGCACUCUUUUGUACGAAAAUUCAUUUCUUAUCGAUUCUUUCGCAGCACUCAUUUGAUAGCAUUUUCCAUGCUCAUUUUAUUUGGUAUUAUGCAUCAUGAACUGUUCUUUACGUUCUACGUUGCAGUGGCACUCUUUUGGAUCGUAGAUCAAAUGCAACGAUCAAAUACAACGGACAUAGUUGGUAUGGAUGUUUUGCCUGGCCAUAUUGUAAAGCUCACGUGCAGACUACCAACGACUGUUGCAAAAAGUGUUGUUCCGGGCCAGUUUAUGACUCUUUCAUUUCAAUCUUCAUGGGCCAAGAGUUUACUUUUCGCCCAUCCUUUUUCUAUUAGUCGGGUGGAGAACGAUCGAGCAAUUUUCUAUGUUAAAUGCCAAGGAAAGCAAACGAGCAAGCUCUUACGAAAAGUAACAGCAUCAGCCAACACAUCACAGACGAUCGGUGAUGAAGCAGUCAACAUGAAAAUAAGGAUAAGCCAGCCGUUAGGGAAGCCUCAAUGCCACAAGUUCACAUGGUACGAGCGUGUCUUUCUCAUUGCUGAGGGUAUGGGCAUCACACCUUGGCUAUCUGUACUGCAGUAUUAUGGCAACGGUCUAAUACAAGACAAUAAUCAGACAACAAGAUGUCUAGAUUUGAUAUGGAGCAUUCAUACUAUAGAUACGUUUUAUGCUUUUAAAGAAGAGCUGGAACAUUACAUACAAUUGUUUGGUACAUCCAACCUAACGUUUCAUCUUCAUGUUUUUAUAACAGGACAGACGUCAGAUAUUGAAUUGCAUGGUGACUUAUUACCUUUGUCAGCAAUCAGAAGUGAGGAGAAAGCGCACAACCAGCUUGUCAGCUUUGAUUUUAGCAGACCACACUAUCAUAAAAUAUUGACAGCUUCCCCAGCAACCAUACCUAGAAGUCAGCGGAGCACAGCAAAUAAUGAUAUAGCCAUAGGUAUCUGUGCUCAUGAAAGUACCAUGGUUCAAAUCAAUAACCUUUCGCUCUUUCAUGGUUGGUCUGUUCUUCAAAAAGAAAGAUUUGAAUAUUAAUCGUCAAGUAACGUUCAUUAAAUUGUGUUGCCAUAUACCAGAAGCUCUCCGCUUUUACUUUUUUGGUUCUGAACCUGCAAUACGCUUAAACAAGGAUUUUAUUACAAAUUUUCAAUUUUUCAAUUUUCAAAGCCCAAUGAACACGAGCAGCUCAAAAGGCUAACUAGUAUCUAAAGACCCCUUAGGGCUCAAGGGUAAAAAGGAUUAUGUUCUAUUGAGAGGAGGGGGAGAAGAGGAUAACGAGUCGAGCAAUAGAUGCCCUAACCGAGGAGUUGUGGGCGGCUCAUGAGAGUGG